UGCUUACAGUAGCAACAUCCUCAGCUGGCCCUACUGGCUGGAGUCCCGAUGUGCGAUUGGCGGUGGUCUGAUUGUGGAUUGUGGUGGUGGAGCGUCGCUCUAUUGUAGUCUGGUGCUGCUCCGUGUUACCUAGAAGGUGACAUCUAAAAAAAACCGCGUUAUCCUGCGAGCGAUGAAAGAAUGAUCAGAGAGAACACUGCUCGCAUAGCGCAGCAAAAACUCCCGUUUCCACGGUGUUGACAUGAAGAAAGACAUAGAGGUUCUGGUUGCAGAGGAAAGAGCAGCAAUCAUCUCUAAAUAUGAUAAGGAGGAGAAGUACGUUCUUUUUCAGUCGCAUCGGUAAAAAACGUGACCGCUACUCUAUGAGGGAGCCCAGGACCAAAAACAACGGUCGUGAUGCAGACGUGGAGAUCGAUCCCUGGGAGGAUGCAGACUACAGCAUAUACAGAACCACAGAUCGCUUUGGUUUCCUUCAUGAAGAGGAGCUACCCACACCAAGUGCACUUGAGGAGAAGCAAAAGCAGCAGGAGGUUGUUCGGGCGCAGAAAUGGCUGAAGAUGGUGAACAAAUGGGACAAGUACAGGAGCAGUGACCGAAUGGUACGACGGGUGUACAAGGGGAUUCCCCAGCAGCUCAGAGGGAAGGUCUGGUCUCUUCUUCUGGAUGUGGAGAAAGUAAAGAAUGAAAAUGCUGGCAAAUAUGAAAGCAUGUGUCAGCAAGCCAAGCACUUCUCUGCUGAGAUCAAGCAGAUUGAUCUGGACAUCAACAGAACAUUCAGAAACCACAUCAUGUUUAUGGACCGAUUUGGGGUCAAGCAGCAGUCUCUUUUCAGCGUGCUCUCUGCGUACUCCGUCUAUAACACGGAGGUGAGUUACUGCCAGGGCAUGAGUCAGGUUGCUGCCAUCCUGCUGAUGUUCCUGAAUGAGGAGGAUGCUUUCUGGGCCCUGUCACAGCUGCUGACCAAUCAGAAGCAUGCCAUGCAUGGUUUCUUUGUCCCUGGCUUUCCGAAGCUUCAGCGUUUCCAGUCACAUCAUGAUCAGAUUCUCUCCAAGCUGCAGCCCAGACUCAAGAAGCACCUGGACCGUGAACAGAUGACCAGUGGGAUUUACAGCACUAAAUGGUUUCUGCAGUGCUUCAUCGACAGAACGCCAUUCACUCUGACAUUGCGUCUGUGGGACAUCUUCAUUCUGGAGGGUGAGAAAGUUCUGACCGCCAUGGCUUACACCAUCCUACGCUUGCACAAAAAGCGUCUGCUGAAAAUGCCUUUGGAGGACCUGCGAGAGUUUCUGCAGGAGACCAUCUCCUCGUCCUUCCUUAUGAGCGAUGACAUGGCCAUCGAGCAGCUGCAGGUGUCCAUGUCGGAGCUGCGCAAAAUGAAGCUGGACCUGCCCCCUCCAGCUAAGCCAGAGGAGCUUCCACGUAAGCCGCUUGGCCUGGAGCUCCCCCUGCUGUUGACUCCAGUGAUGCCCGCCAAAGGGAGCCCAUCCUGGGAAGGUCCAGACGGCGGUGCCCCUCACCACUCCAUCCAGCAGGACUCUAUCACUCCUCAUGGCAGCUCGCCCACGGAGGAGAAGUCCCAGCAGAGGAUUGUGGGUAAAGAUGGCGGCAGCCCCUCGCCGCUGCCCUCCCCGGACCCCGUGCUCGUACACAGCCAAGCCCCCCAGGGGGAGUGGCCCCCUCCUCCGUAUGCGCCGCCGGACAGUGACAUCAUCACGGACCCGUCGGACAGCAAGGGGUCGUGUGAGCUGCCGAAACCCCAGCCACCCCCCUCCCCCGUCCGUAGCCCCUCCAGCGUCUCACAGUACGAGAACCUGCCCGAGGGGUCCCCACCCGUCACAGACCCCCACCGGAUCCGAAAGGGCGUCCCCUCGGUCCGGUCCUCCCCUCACCUCCCCCUCAGGGACAACUCCAGCCCCCCGCUGCCUAAGUCUAAAUCUCUCAGCUUCUAGCACAGCAGACUGGCGGCCAUUUGACAUUUCAGUCCGGUAGUAGUUGAACAAGGAUGUGAAUCAUGCACCCAACACAAUGAAUAUGAAUGGAAGACAGCCAUGUCCAUGCUUUAUAGGGAUUGUGCACUUAAAAAAACAGCUAGAAGUGUAUCAGUUCCUCAUGAUGGUCAGUGUUUAGGUCAGUCAUAUGUCAAACAUGUGAUAGACGUAUAGAUCUGUGGCUUCUUAGCAUCUUUGUGCUGAUUUAAUUUAUGCUAAUAUGUAAAUUUGUAUUACAAUGUGUCCAUGUUGCUUUUGAAAUUUUAUUGGCCUUUAGCAAGUAAUAUCUAGACUCCUGCUCAGAUUGUUGUGAAGAAACAUUUGUAUUUGUACAACAUUUGUACAACAGAGCUGAUAGGCUUCAAUUGAAUUUGUCUUAAUAUCACCCAGUGUUCUCAGAAAGUGGGGUAUGAAAUAGGAAUUAAGUCAUAGUGGGGUACAUCACCUUGACCAAUCUGAUCAGGCUAUCUGGUCACAUGGUUAGGUCAAAACUAUGGGAAAAGCUUGUUAAUAUGGGCUGGACCCAAACAUCUUUGUAACCUCUAACUAUUGGUCUGGUACAUUAUUUCAGAAGCGUCUCAAAGUGCACUGGGCUGAGUUGUGUCUGUGGCUGAUUGUGAUCUUACGAAUGAGGCUCCUAUUAUGACACAUGACAGAGGUCCCUCCUCAUCCUGUACCUCUAAAUGACACAUGACAGAGGUCCCUCCUCAUCCUGUACCUCUGCUCUCUGUCCUGUAUCUCAAGUUCUUCAUAAUGGGAUGUGAAGUUCUGCGCAUGGAGAAAACCCCUCAAAUCUACAGUGCAUGUUUCUUUUACCUUCAGAGACAACGGAGUGAGCUGCGGCUUAAGGUGUUAAGGUGUCUCUACAUCAGGUGCUCGCAGGUAUUUCUGCCUGAGGAACUUCUGGACAAGCUUUUAUUUAGGGCUAUUUAGGUACUACUUAGCAGUGCACAUAUCACAAUGCUGUUGUCGAUGAUGUCUAAACUCUGUAAUAAUGUAGGCCUACCUUUCCUGUUGCCUCCCUGUAUCACCACAGUAAGGAUUCUCUUCCUCUUUCUCUUUUUUCUUUCUUUAUUUCUGUGGCUUUCUUUCACUCUUUCUCCUUGUCUCCCCUAGCCUGAUGAGCCAGACCCACAUUAAAAUGUAGGGG